AAAGUGAGAGGAUCGCUCUGAUGGACGCGCUGCGGUGUAUUUUGACCCUGCUCUCUCGCCGUCUCCAGCACAAACACAACAUGGCGUCAACAGAGACCCAGCCGCGGUUCGGCCAGUCUGUUAAAGGCUUACUCUCCGACAAGGUGGGCUCCUGUAGCGGGGAUGUGAUCGCCCUGACCCGCCAAGUGCUGAAGGGAUCCCGCAGUCAGGAGCUUCUGGGACAAGCAGCAAGGAAUAUGGUGAUCCAGGAGGACGCUAUCCUUCACUCUGAGGAUAGUCUGAGAAAAAUGUCCAUAAUCACGACACAUCUACAAUACCAGAGGCCAUCCAGAAGAAUGUAGAGCACUCAAAAAACCUGCAGGACCAGCUGAGACACCUUCUGAAGUGAUGCCCCCCCCCAACACUAACACCAAGCCUCUACAAUGCAACGGCCUGGGACAUUUUUUUAUUCAAUAAUGUCAAAUGUUAUAAAUCAAUUGUAUUACGUUAACCCACAUGUGUCAAACUCAAGGCCCGGGGGCCAAAUCAGGCCCUUGGCGGAUUUAAUUUCGGUCCGCAGGAUAAUCUUUAAUUACUAUUAGAUCUGGCCCACCGGUAUAUUGCACGCACACCUUCACUCCAUCCUGAGGGUCUCCUCAGCUCAGAGGCUGAGCCCAAACAUUGAUGACCUUGCACCCAAGAUGAGACGCCAAGUAUCUGAACUAGCAUCACAGAGCAGCACACUGAGUUUAAUGGAUGCUUCCUUCUGCACUUUCUCUCACGCCAACAGGGCAUGUUUGGUUUUCUCUUUGAGGGGAAUAGUUUUGUUGAAGCUGUUGUUGGCCUGUGGGAAAAUGUACUCAUAAGAAAUGACUCUGGAAAAGCUGCAGAUAGAGCCAUAAGAAAUGAAUGCAACUGAUUAUUUAAUGUGUAAUGUUGUUUUUAUAGGCAAUCAUUUAAGCUUUGUUAGUUCCAGGUUUAAUAUGUGCAAUAAGUUCAUUUCAAUGAGUUUUGCGAUAAACAUUGCAGGGCCCUCGACUAGUACCCAUUUUUUUAUUUUGGCCCACUGUGUAUUUGAGUUUUGACCCCCCUGCGUUAAUGUAUUCAAUUCUUUGUUUGUGUCAUCUUGUCUAACGUAACGGCGCCCUGUAAAUCAGACUGCCUACAGCUAAAGGUAAAGGGACACAUUGUUCUCAGUGGAGUCAGAGACCUUACCAGCGCAUAACUUCUGUAAUACUACAUAUAUAUAUUAUAUGUAGUAUUACAGAAGUUAUUGAUUGAUGCUAUUUUAACAUGCACAGCCUCAGACCACAGAUUAGGAAAGACUGUAAUCACAGAUUGAAGUAUUGCGGGGGCACCGUUCAGACCCAGCAGUGUUACAGAAUAUGACAGGUGGAAGGUCAUAAUUCAAAGAAGUUUUGUCCACAAAGCUGAGCCCUGGACAGUUAUCGGCAGCCUGAGGGCCGAACAGCUGCUUGGCCCUGACUCUGUCCCUGAGGCUCUCCCUGCUGCACGUGGCCCCCACUGGCCCUCAGCCCCUCAGCAUACCCCUGUUUGUAGGUUGUUCUGGAAAUGUUAUACAUUCAUCAGGAUGCAGCUCUGAGAGAAACAUGACUGUGUGACAUAUUUGUGAGCCAUGGAGAGGAUAAACUAUACUGAGGGCAUGAUUUAGCUAUUCAUAUGAAUGGAUUCUUACUUCGAUCUUUCCUAUGUUUUGACACAAAGGGUAUCCUUAAAGAAUGUGCACAGUCUGUCAUGCAGACGUUUUUCAUUCCCAGUUAUCUCUUUUCAGGAUGGUUCAGGUUUUGAUGAGGUGGCAAUGAAUGUGCCCCGCCAGCUAAUAAUCCCCCUAAUGUAGGAAUACUGCUCUCUGCACACACACUGCUCUCUGCACACACACUGCUCUCUGCACACACACUAGUGUCAUCACACUGUGUGCCUGACGUGUGAGACAUCUUCAUGAUUCUUUGAAUCAUGGUACUUUUGAUUCUAUAUAAUUGUUUUUUUUAUAUCUAUUAAAACAACUUAGUUACUUAUCUUUGAGAAGUAAAGAGCUUUACAAAUAAAGUUAUUGUUAUGGUAA